CGAAGCGCAGCACGAGAUUUCCGAGGCGUCUAAGGAGAUUAAGGCGGCCCAGCAGCAACUGCGUGGGGCCUUCAAGAACAGCGCCUUCGAGGCGACCCUGAAGGCAAUGCUCAAGGCGGCGCGGAAGAAGCGCAGCAUCGCGAGGUGGAGCGCACUGGAAACGUUCUUCGAGGGCAAUGUACGGCAGCUCGAGAAGAAGAGCCGCGAGGGGGAUCAGGCGGGUUUCUACACUGAAGAUGAUCGACGUCGAAGGUAAGAAGUCGGUCACCUCUCAGAACAUCAAGGACGAGGACGGCAAGGUCCUUCGGGACCCCACGUUUAUUCGCCAACGGUGGGCACGGUGGUUCCACAAGCUUCUCAACACCAAGUCGCCGACCAUCGACCUGCAUGCGGCUGACAAGGUCAAGCGGUGGCCCACGUGCGUGCCACUCGACGACAUCCCAUCUCUACUUGAGGUUGAGGAAGCGGUACGGGAAAUGGCCAACAGAAAGGCCGUCGGGCCGGACGACCUACCGGCUGAGCUGAUCAAGCUUUUCCUGGACGGAGAUCAAGGUCUCCUCCGCGAAUUCCACGCCAUUGUCGUGGACGUGUGGCAGACUGGGGACGGGGACAUGCUGGAGUGCGGCAACUAUCGGGGCAUCUUUCUCGUCGCACACGCCGGCAAGGUGCUGCCUAAGGUCGUCGCUACACGACUGAGCCACUACUGCGAGCGAGAGGGCAUCCUCCCGGAGGAGCAGAGCGGUUUCCGCCCGCACCGGUCGACGCUCGACAUGCUGUUCGCCAUCCAGCGGCUCCAUGAGCUCGCGAGGAAGAAGAGUACUGCGGUGUUCGCGUGCUUCGUCGACCUCACCAAGGCAUACGAUUCGGUGGACCGAGACCUACUGUGGGACGUGCUCCGACGCUUCGGCGUGCCCCCGAAGAUGCUGGCGGUCAUUCGCCACUUCCACGAGGGCAUGAGGGCGCGCGUCCGAACGGACGACGGGCAGUACUCGGAAUGGUUCGACGUGAGCCAAGGCCUCCGACAGGGAUGCAACAAGGCCCCGCUGCUGUUCGACGUGUUCUUUGACGCGAUGCUCAUGGUCGCCGUGGCCGAGUUCGACAAGGACCCCAAGGUGACGGCGGACAUGGUCAAGAUCGGGACACAAGUGGAGUACACGGGCAAGAAGGGCAGGUCGGCGGGGAAGAAGACGACGGUGGUGACGGACGCGGAGGCCUUGUGGGCCAUGCUCUACGCUGACGACGCGGCCAUCGUCUCGCGGUCGCCGAAGAGUCUCGAGAAGAUGAUGUCGGUCAUCGUGCGCGCGGCCGGCCUGUUCGGAACCUCCCUGCCUACUCUGCUGUGUUGGGUACCUUGA